GGCUAGCAGUCGAAACGGCGUCGCGAGUCACAUUGUUUUACACAUCUGUGGUAAAUUGUCAAACACAACACCAAUAUAUGUCGAUACGAUUGAUUUGGGGAAUAUUAAUAACGUCUAAGAGUCUUUCGGUUUGGUCUUUUACGCCGUAACUGGCCCAGCAGUUUGGCUUUUGACCGUCGAAGGGUGUGUGUUUUUUCCCGGCCGCCGUCCAUAGCAGUGAGCGUUAGCGAGGCAUUUACACGAACGCCCUCAAACCCACGUAGUUGUUCCUGGUAUUCAACGUUAGCCGAAUAAAACAACAUUAAGAGGGAGGCGUUAAUGAGCAGCAAUGUCUGGCAUCGCUCUUAGCAGACUGUCUCAGGAGCGCAAAGCCUGGAGGAAAGACCACCCGUUUGGUUUCGUUGCGGUGCCCACAAAGAAUCCUGAUGGAACCAUGAACCUGAUGAACUGGGAGUGCGCGAUCCCGGGCAAGAAAGGAACCCUGUGGGAGGGAGGACUCUACAAGCUCAGAAUGUUGUUCAAAGAUGACUACCCGUCCUCGCCACCGAAAUGCAAGUUUGAGCCACCGAUAUUCCACCCGAACGUUUACCCAUCCGGCACCGUUUGUCUGUCCAUCCUGGAGGAGGACAAGGACUGGAGGCCCGCCAUCACCAUCAAACAGAUCCUGUUGGGGAUCCAGGAGCUGCUGAAUGAGCCCAACAUCCAAGACCCGGCACAAGCUGAAGCUUACACAAUUUACUGUCAGAACAGGAUGGAUUAUGAGAAGCGGGUAAGAGCACAGGCCAAGAAGUUCGCCCCCACAUAGAGCGGAGCGCCGACCCCGCCUGAGCAGCCUCGACGGAUGGACGCCGGCAGCGCCUGACGGACCACUCCAACAACAGUCCAAUCUUGAGUAUCAUCGUACUGCUACAGGGGCGACGAGAGAGCCCGCUUCUCUUCUCUUCCUUUCUUCUUUUAAACAAACAAACAAAUUAAAUAAGAUCCCAAUUUUAUCUUGGAAGAAAUAUUUCCUGCAUUUUGAAAUGCGUAGCGGGAAGAUGGGAGAACCACGUCUUCAUGAGCUGGGCCAUCCAGUGGCCCGGUUAAGUCCUCGAUCGACAGAGCUGUAGAAAUAAGAUGUCCACGCCUCUCGGUAGUUCAGUCAGCUGUGGCACAGGAGCAGAUUUUGUUUAUUCUUAAACUUCCAGUUUUCUUUUCUUUUUUAAUUAUCAAACCCAGAAGUAUUGUAGAUAGUUCAGGAUUAGGGCGACGGGCCGAGCGGUCAGACGCUCUAUGGAGGGCGGUCCUCCUGUCGUGCUCCUGAGUCCUGGUUUGGUUCCUCACAUCCGAGGUCCCAGAAAAACAUCAAAAGAACACGUUAACUCGGUUGGCUGGGAGAUAAACUGUGGCAGGAAGUGGAGCUCUGUCCACCUCAGAGGAGGGAAGAGCGGCGACGUGGGUCACAUAGGUUACAUGGGUCACGUGGGUCACGUGGGUCACAUGGGUCAGGGCGUUUCCUCCGCCGAUGAGUUAAAAUGAACUUUUAUUGCAGUGGCGCCAAGAUCCCGUUAGUUUGCAGAUUCUUUUCUUCUUUAUUGUGACACUAUUUGUCAGGCACGGUGUUGAACUUCAUCCACAUUGAACUCCAGUUUGUCGCCCCGGUUCCCGAACGUCUCCGGGACGAGACGUUGCACCGUGAGAGUACCAACACGCGGUUGCUGUCUUGUUUGUUUCUCCAUCACUUUGGUUAUUUUCUCCCUCAACGCUCCCAAACCUGUACAAACCAAAAUGCUAUGACAUCUUUUAAGUCCAUCUGGUGAGCGAGCUGAAGGAUCCUCGGGGGUGCAGCAGGGGGGCGGAUGGAAGUGCACUUGAGAGCGAAGGCCUGACAUUUUUUUGCCUCUGAAUAAAUGAGUGCAUGUACAUAAUAUAAAUAAGGACAAAUUGUGGAAGUUAUGUUUUAUAUUGUUUUAGCCAGUUGACAUUUGUGUGUGGUAUUAUAACAAAGAACACAAUAAAUGGCAUACAAUUGUGAAAUAAAGUCAAAUAAAAAUAAAUCAAACAUG